AUGAUACAAGAGAAGGACGCCGCUGGCUGGACAAUGCCCAUGUACACCGCAGCACUCGAAGACACGGACAUGGUGUCCCAACACCUCGAUGAAAAGGAUCAGAGGGACAAGCAAGGCCAGACAGCCCUCAUCAUCGCUGCCCAGAACGGAAGGGGCGAGACGGUGAAGCUUCUGAUGAAGCAUGAGAAUGGUGUCCCUGGCUUGAUAAGCCUUAUCUGCUCAGCGUGUCUUGGCGACGUCUAUGCAGUCAAGAGCAGUAUCCACGAGAAGGGGCAUGCAGACAUCAUUGGGAUGACGGCAUUCAUGUGGGCUGCAUACCAGGGCCAUCAGGGAGCAGUGGAGAUCCUCCUCGAACACAAGAAAGGGAUGGAGGACAAGGACGGGAACACAGCCUCCGCGUACACCCUCAUGAACAAGCAUACAAGCAUAGCCAUAUUUCUUCGCGAGCAUGAGGCUCCCUGUGGACCCCUUUCAUGUGUGCAUCCUUCACUGAAGAAAUUGGCAUGGUGA